ACAGUAUUUCGAAAGUUUGAAACCAAAAGAACCGCCCUUUUACUCGUAGCCCUAAUUUCAAAAUUCUCUUCACUGUUACUAUUCCCCUGUAAAGCUCUCUCUCUAAUCGACAAAAUCUGGGUUUCUCCUCUCUCUCUCAACAAAAUCAAAGUUUCAGGUCAGUACAAUCUCUUCUCUCUAUCUCUCUGGUAAUUCGGGGUUGGGUGAGAGAUCAUUCGAUUUGUCUCUGAUUUAGGGUUUUGUAAUUCUACUGUUCUGAGCUCUGCAUUUUGGUUUGCUUAGCCUCUUCUGAAAUUUUCAUCUGGUCAUAUGUUAGAUAUGGAUAUUAGUUUUACCACAAAAGAAACAGAAUCAGAGAAGAAGGUUGACUCAUCCUUGUGGCCUCAUCAUUCUAAGUCAUUAAUAGCAGAUAUAUUAACAGAGAUUAAUCAGAAUGUUCAAAGCAUGCUAAGAUUGAUUGAAGAUGACGAAACCGAGUCUACCGAGAAGUUUCUUUGCUUAUAUCAGUCUCUUGGUGAGACUUACAACGAUUUGAACCAGGAGCUCCUCAAUGGCCUUCUCAAAUUUGAUUUUACCAUGCCUUGUUCAGACCAAAACAACAAUGCCUCUUCCCUUGCAACAACUCCACUUAGCUCCUUUAAGUCAGGAGCUUCUCUACCAACGAGUAGCAGCGAGAUGUUGCAGCAGAGCUUGAAACUAGAUGGUGAGGUUGAGAAGAACCACUCUGCAUAUUUGCUUGCUGAUAUGUUUUUUGCUGAGCUUGAAUCUGCACGGAGAGAGUUAGAAGCGAGAAACAUAGACAUCGAAAGUGAGAAAAGGCGUGUGAUUGACUUAGAAAGUAAGCUAUCAGAAUCAAGUCAGAAGAUUGAGAAUUUAGAAAGCGAGCUCGACGUGGUUAAAGAGAGUUUAGGUGUAUCAGAAGCUGAGGUUUCAAAUCUGUGGGAAAUGCUGAAUGAAUGCAAGGCCGAGAAAGCCAAUCUGCAGACCGGUAAUGCUGCUGACUUGUUAGAUAGCCUAAGGGCAGAGUUGAGAUCAAGAGAUAUCCAGAUUGAGCAAAUGGAGGAGUAUUUGAACCAGGUGUGUCUUAAAGACACUGAAUCAGGAACCGACAAGUAUGUUGUGGAAGAACUGAAGGGUAGAGUUGAAGUGCUGGAGAAACAAGUUGAGUUGCAGAGAAAUGUGAUAACAGAACGAGAGGAAGAGAAGAGAGAGGCUAUAAGACAGCUCUGUUUCUCCCUUGAUCAUUACAUGAGCAGAGAUAUUUAGAGCUUGUAAGAUCGAUCACUUUCAGACAACAACAAAGGUAGGCCUUGUUAACUCAAAUUUAAUCCAAAACUUGUAGAAGAGAUCAUGUGCUUUUUGCAUGAUGCAAACUAAUAUCUAACUUCAUCUUGUAAUCAAAACUAGUGCAGAGCUAAACAUAUGUUGCAUCUCAUCUUCUUCUUCAUGUUUUUUUCAUGCAUUGAAAGAGUUUUAUAAUGCUGAGACUGAACUUUGGGAUAUAAUUUCAACGAAUGUAGUA